AUGUAUAUUCAGUAUCGACUAUUCAGUGAACACUCCGUAUGGAGAUUGCUGGAAAUUAAUAAAAGCGAAAACUACAUUUUGGCCAGCGAGUUGAAACAUAUCAUAUGUAAACAGAGUAACAUAAAUUAUCAAAAUAAAAUUGAUAUUUACUUUUCAGUUUAUAAAGAGGAUCACGAUGAAGUUGGUGAAGGCGUGUAUGGUGAUGGGGAUUCAAAUUACACGAACGAGAAGAACUUGCAGCAAAAAAGCACAAGUGGAGGAGAGAAGGAAAUAAUUUUUCUGAGUGGAGAAGAUAAAAUUUACAAUGGAACAAAAAUCCUUAUUCAUAGAAAUAUUAAGAAAAAAUCAAAUGUUAGUGAUAUUACUCACAAAGCAAAAAAAGAAAUAAGUGUAGAUGUAGAAGAAAAACAAAAAAUAAAUGUUCCAAAUGAGUUUCUGUGUAAAUUAUGCAAUUGCAUUUUAAUCGAUUCACACAUUAUUGUAUGUAGUAAUAAUUGUGGCUAUUCUGUGUGCAAGAGUUGUAUAUUAUUCUAUAUAUUAAAUAAGUUUGUAAUACAUAAUGAGAAGAAAACAAAUCCAGUUAUUGAUAUGUCUAGGUUGAAGAAUACCACAGUAAUGUGUCCCCUUUGUAAUGGACUCUUCAAGUAUUGCAUCUGGAAUAAAAAAUUAGAAAUGACUUUGAAAAAACUCCUGGAAGAACGGAAUGAUAUCGAUUCUUUCAAAUUUAAUGUGGAGGAAAGGAACAGCAAAUUUAUUCGCAUUUUAGAAAAAUUCAAGAUUGAGAAUUUUGACAACUCUGCUGGAGAUGCUGGAGAUGCUGCAGAUGCAGGAGGAGCUGGCACCGUCAUCGCAGCUAACAUUCAACCAAACUCAAACAUUUUCGAACACGAAAUUUUCAAAGCUAUUGAAGCCAAGUACAUACUCACAAGUGCAAAAAAAAAAAAAACAAAUGACCCACUAGUUGUAGAGGAAGCAAAAAUGUGUAACCACUUCCUCUACCUUAUGAGCAAUAACAAAUUAAAUUGCAUAAAAGAGUUCAAUUUGAUUUACUUAGAAUUUGAAAAUCCUAUUUUUGAUACGGUGCAAAAGAUGAAUAUAAAGGCCUUAUACAAUCAGAUGACUUCCAGCAGCCCCGAACCCACUGAUACUAGUACUCCACAGUUGUUUACUUCUGGUAAAUUCCAAUCUGGAACAGAAACAACCGAUUUGAAAAUGAGCAACUGUUCAGGAGAUGAUACUAGAAACGCAAUUGAGAGAGAAGGUAAUCAUGGGAUCAAGCAGAAUAGCAAUAAUGAAAAUCUGCAAAAGAAAAAAGAAACAGACAAUGCAGAAGACAAAAUUGAUGAAGAUGUGUAUAAGCAAAACAAGACUUACAUCAUCCCCAUCUCGUUUGUUGGUGGAGAAACAUCUUACUCUCUAAUUGGCAUCUUCUAUGUGAAGGACACAUUCAAACAGAUAACUGCAGAUAGUAAUGCUGAUGAUGAAACGAAGGGGAAUCUAACUACGCAACAAGCUGUUAUACAAAGAUUCAUGAACAAAUGGUUCAUGGAUGAACAAAGAGGUAAUUUGAACCUAUCUGAAAAAUUAAAAUAUGGAAAUAUAUAUACCCUAGGUUGUAUUUAUAUGUAUGAAAAAAUCUGCUUCUUCCCAGCUAGAAAACAACCAAUAUACAAUAUAAUCAAUAAUAAGCGACAAAAAAGUAAAAAAAAAAAUAAUAUAGAAAUCUCACUGGAUUUGAGAAAAUUCCUAGAUGUUGUGUUCAGUGUUAAUAAUUAUAUUAAAUAUGGAAGUCGUCCAAAUAAUUACGAGUCCAAGAAAGUGAUGGCUCCAAUUGAUAUUCCUUUCGCUAAUACAGAAGAAGAAGAAGAAGAUGAUGAAGAAGAAGAAAAAGAAGAAUGGAGAGGGAAGAAUACAGCCAUCGAAAGUGAUCAUAUGGUAGCAGAUUCAACUGUGUUACUUCACAGUGCUCACAACCAAGUUGAGGAAAAACGGGAUCUGAAUGAAGAUAUAAAGGAAAGAUCAGGAAAUUCCUCCACUCUAGCCAUAACUGGAAAAACAGCAGAAAAAGGAGGUGCAGAAACGGUAUCCACAGAAUUAGGACUAACAAGACAAAGUGAAUUUCAAGAAAUCUUGGAAAUUUUAUAUGAUACAAAAGUUCCACCUGUGACAAUUCAAAAAAGCUUCAACGUGACCAACCCAUAUGCUGAUUACUGUGCCCUCCUUCCCUUUUUAACCAAAGAGGACUUUUUCCUUUUUAGAAAACUUCAGAGAAUCUAUAAAGAAAAGUAUUUACGACACUUAUACAGACAUGUCAAGCAAAAUAAUCUGAAUAUGAAUAUAUUUUUUAAUGCUGUCAACUCGGUUUUCUUUUCUACUACCAGGUAG